AAAUCGUCUUAUUCCUUUGCCCCCUUCCAACAUGGCGGAGGUCAGGCUUCGCUUUAGAAGGGGAGCCUACAACUUUGUUCUCAAAACCUAUAAUCGACAACUCCUUGAAAGUCAGAAUAAGCAACGUGAAAGGGCAAUAACAGCCCCUAGUGUCUCUGCGGGGUUUGGAUGUGGUGCGUUUCAAGAUGGAGGACUUUAUGGAGCUGACAGAGCGACCGCGGGAGAUUCUCAGGACAGUUACACAAGGGUAACACCACUGUUUGGUAAUAUUGACAAUGGGAAUGUCGCUCAAUAUCACUCCAAUGAAGAGUAUUUACUUUCUAAUAAAUCUCCAAUUCAGAAUAUAGAUCUACAUCGAAUUUACGCCAAAUUACGUUGGACUCCCUACACGUUUAGACCAGCUGAUCUACAUCAGAGCCUCGGUUUGUGUGGAGGACAUCCUUCACAUGUUGUGUUUAUCAGAGCUUACAGCGGCAACGGGGCCAGAUCCGAGCCGCUUUACAAAACCAAAACAGAAUACUAUGAAAUCCUGGAGGUGUCACCCACCGCCAGCCAUGCCCAGAUAAAAACAGCCUACUACAAGCAGUCCUUCCUGUACCACCCGGACCGAAACGCAGGCAGUGAGCACGCCACCGUCCGCUUCUCGGAGAUAAGCGAGGCCUACACGGUGCUGGGAAACAAGGCUCUGAGGAAGAAGUACGACCGGGGUCUGCUGGGUCCGUCAGACCUCUUAACAACCAGACCCUCCGGCAAGGACACCGGGAGCUCUGAGAAACAGCACGCCGGGAGUAGACUGCGGUCUUUGGUGGGCCUGCGAGAAACAGCCUUUGACUUUGACAGAUUUAUCAAGAGCCACUACAGCGAGCAGCUCCAGAGAGAAAGGAACAGCAAGAUCCGCAGAGAGGAGAUACGGAGGAAGCAGGAGGAGACUUUUCGGGAGAAGAAGUUGAACACGGCGAACGAGUUGGGAAUUAUGAUGAUGGUGAUUACAGGCGCGUUUUUACUGAUCAGCGUAUACAAGGCGUGAUGUUCACUCACAUGGAGGAUGUUGGACUUCAAUCAUCACCACUUCUCAUUCUACAACAAAAAGACUGCUGUUGAAAGCUCUUUGUUUGAACCCUGUUUGACCGCUCUGCUUGAGAAGGAAACUUUUGUGAAGUAUGGAUAUCAUAACUUUAUUUUUAAGUAAAUGUGACACAGUGCAAUUAUAAUAAGAUCACACUAACAGCUACAAAGACCAAACGGUUCAGUACAGUUCUGUAUUCACAGUUUUAUCUUGGUGUAGCCUUUGUCAAGACUUGAAGGUUUAUCUGUUUUUUAACACCAACGGCCAUGUAAAUCAAAAAUAACAUUAUAAAUAGUGCAUUAAAAUCAUUAAUAUUACAUUAAUAAGAAUACAAGAGUUUCACAAUACUGAUGCAGAAACACUUGAUCCAGUACUCAACGAUCAGGUUUCAACAACAAGUUUUUAAUUCCUCACUUUGCCAUAAAUGGUGUCUUUUUAAAUAUAGUACACAAUUCACAGGUUGGUUCAGCACCUGGUAGUGCUACAGUUCAUUUUUGGCUUUUAUAAAGUCAUCUGUCUUGCAGAUUUCUUUAUUUUUGAUUUAUGGUUUCAAGUAUUGCUAUUUAGAAAUAUUUCAAGCAAUGUAAGAAAGUAAGGGAUGUGUGAAUCAAACUAUUUAAAAGAGGCAUAAUAGGAACUGUAUGUUUAUGCUCAAUGAAAAGGUGCCUUGAGAUGAUAUUUAUUGUAAAACUGAAUGGUUAUAUUGUACAGAUAUUUAACUAAUAAAUGGUUUAUGAGCAGUGCCUGUGUUUAUAAACUUUGCCUAUAAAACCUCUCAAAGCAGCUGAAAAGUGAUGAAAGCAAACCCAUUGCUCAAAUAUUCAAGACACAAAGCUUUGUUUACGUCUGUUUUAAACAUCAUGUAUUGAACACAAACAUUUAGUGCAUUUAGAAAUUCACAGUUCACAUCGCAGUUAAAAGUAGACAAAAUAGUCAUAGCAGUGCACAUUACUAACAAACUGGCCAAACACAACUUAAAGUGCAUCUACAAGAAUACUGAUAACUUAUUAAAUAUAAUCAAAAGUGCUUGCAUAACAAAAUCAACACUAAAAUAUAUGAAAAAAUACAGCUUAUGCAAUUCCCUUUUUUUACAUGGUAGCUCCAUGGUCAAGAAUAAACUUGUGUAUAGGCCGAUCUAGCCUAGUAAAGUUUAGAUCUUUUUUGUUAAAUGAUCUGCAAUGUGCCGAUUAGUUUGGUGAAAUGUAAUUGGGAUUA